AUGGCCAAGUUGUUUGUCGCAACGAGACAACUGAACGACAAAAAUGCGUCAAAACGUGCAGCAGAUACAGAAAUCAUUCUGAACGAGGUUCACGACAGAGAACCAGGGUCUGACUCCCAUCUACUUGGAAUUUCCCGCAUGAACUAUCUGCACGCCCGAUUCCGGAAAGCCGGCAAGAUUCUGGAUGAUGAUAUGCUACAUACUCUGGGCUCCGCUGUGCUCGAUAUUUUCCAGACCAUUGGCUCAAUCGAAUGGCGAGAUCUUACAGAUGUCGAAAAGUGUGCGAUUGGUGUUUUCCAUAAAGCUCUUGGUGACGCUAUGGAAAUUCCGUUCACCAAGCUCCCGUCACAGAAGGACGGUUGGAGAGAUGGGAUCCAUUUUGCUGAGGAGAUUAUGGGCUGGACAUUGCAAUACGAAAGGCGAGUUGCUGAGCCAACCAGCUCUACUCGCGAGAUCGGACGGCAGCUCAUGAAUCUGGCCACAUUCCAUCUUCCGUCUGCGUUGAAACAAUUUGGGGAGCAAAUGAUUGCUUCUAGGGUGGAGGGUUAUAUGCAGGAGAGUAUGGGGUAUGUAUCAACGAUCAUUGGAAGCAACUUUUAG